AAGAGAGCGAGAGAGAGAGCGAGAGGAGAGAGAGAGAGAGGUAAGCCCGUGGACACAUGAAAUCGUUUCCCGGUUCUGCCCCUCGGAAUAAUUGAUCCGAAGCCGCGACCACUCCUCGCCCCGCUCUUCCCCUUCCGAUCUCUCCAAAAUCCCGAUCCUCUGCACCGCGACGCCAAACAAAAUCCAGGGUCUUGUUUUGUGAACAGGAAGUUCUUAGGGUUUCUGUUUUCAUGUCGAUAGCUUAGGCCAUUUGUGAAGAGGUGGAGGGGGUAAUCUCUAGGGUUUUGCUCCUCCGAUGGCUUCGAGGCUGGCAGCGGAGCAGACCGGAGGCCUCGACUUGAACGCCGGGGAGCAGGAGGGAGAAAGUACGGACGCAGCAGCGGAGCCGGCUUCAGAUCCUGGAGGCGAUGGACACGGCAAGUGUUUGGCUGAUUCGGAUGGCGGGGAUUCGAGUCCGACAGAGGUGGGAGAUGCGUCGUGCGGCGGUCAGAACGCCACAAUGGUUGUCGCAGCAGAUAACGAUGGCGUGACAGCUGCUAACAAAGUGACGGAAGCUGGGGUUGAGGUCGUUGGUUGUGGUGGUGCCGCUGACGUAGGACGAGAUAUAGAGAUUUGGGUGGAGAAGCAAAACGAUGUGGAAGAUGAGGUGGGAAGCCGUUCCUUGGUUGACCGAUGCCAAGGUGAUCAGAAGCUGGAAUGUGCUGCGGUCGAGGCAGGGAGCACAAUGGUGUCUGCUGUUGAAACGGCUGUGACUGAAGAGGUUGUGACUGUACCAGGAAGGAUCAAGCCAGUCGAGUUUGAAAAAACCAGAAAUGAAGAUGAAACUGUUGAGAAAUUUGAUUCUUCAGUAAAGAAACCAUACCUGGAGAUUGAUAUGAUGGCUGGUGGUAAUUUUGGGGAGGGUGAAACUGCUACCACAGAAGAUGAAGAAACCCAAAGUAGUUUGAUAGCUGCAAAUGGAUCUGGAGGUCAAGGAGAGGCACAAAUGGAUGUUUUGGAGAUAGAAAAUGUUACUGGGGGUGCAAGAACAACGAUUGCUGUUAAUCUUGAUGAGGUCACAGUUGAUGGAUCUCAUUUUCUUGAAAAUGAAGCAGUUGUAGGAGAAAAGGAUAAUUAUGUGCAGAAUGAGAACAGAACUGAGCUUGUGGAGGAUGAUCUAUCUCAGAAAGAGAAGGAAGAGAAUGUGGUGAAUGGUGCAGUGGACUGUGAUUCAAUUGAUGAGCAUCUUCAGGAUAAAUUGGAUGUUCUGGAUUUAUCAUCAUCAGAGAUGGAAGUUGGCUCCAGUUGCACUCGUAAACUUGAAGUUAGCAUGGUUAAUGCAGAAUGUACUGUGGAGAGUGUGCCAACACUGACUACUGCUGCUAUGGACAGGAAUGAUGUUGAAAUGUCAGUGGAUACAUCAGACCCAGGGGCUAUCCAGGAUGGGGUUUCAGAGAUCAGCAAUCAAACUGAAGUUAAAGAGAAACAAUUAUCUUUUCAAAAUGGGAACAAGAUUGUUGAUGGACGGCUGCAACCUGAAGUGAGUGCUUUGGGAUCCAUAGUUUCUGAACUUGAGAAAAAUUCUCUUGAUGAAGAGAAACUGAAAGCUGGUUUUGCUAACCCAGCAUAUCUGUCAGGGUGUGACUCUUCCAUGAAUGUUGUAGGGUUGGAAGCUGGAAAGCCGGAUGGUGUAGCAGAUCAGGGAGACAUAGAGGUUGGGGUUGCGGAAAGUGACAGAAAAGAACUUGCUGGAGAGGGUAUAUCUGGUAUAGAGAUUGCAAGUCAGGUGAUUAGUCAUGAUCUUGUUGACAUGCAUCUGGAACCUACAGAGGUGGACCUGGGAGCUAAUGCAUUAGAUGCAAGAUGUGCAAUGGGGGCUCCUGAAUCUGAUUCACUUGUUACUCUUGCUUCGGUGGAAGCUGAAAGCUCUGGGGGAACACGUGGUCAGAGAAGAACCCAGGUCGAUGCUCUGGAGAUUGGCAUUGGAAAUGAACUCCCUGGGCAUGGUCUAUCUAUUGUAAAGGAGAACCAAAAUUUGACAAAUGAGGCAGUGGAUCAUCCUGAAGUUGAUAAACAUCUUCAUGAAUCAGAAGGUGUUCUUAGACCUGGCGAUACUGAUCAGAAUGAAGAACUUAUUGUUGAGUCUUCUUUUGUAGUUGAUGAAACUGAAGAUAUCCUGACUGUGGCGAUCAAUCAGUACAAUGAGUCUAAGGAGUUGGACAGGGAACCAGAGGCCAGUAGACUGUCCCUGCUGGAUACUGAUGGAGGUAGAGCUUCAUUCUCAGAGAUGCCUUUUGCAUCCUUAAGUCAGAAUAUACAGGAUAAAGAAAAUGAUAUCCAUGAGAAAGAAUUACGGAAGGUGGAUCCUCUGCUUGUUGAUCGCUCUAAAACUGAUAAAAUAAGUGAUGAUAAAAGAGAUUCAGACCUGACUGAUCCAAAAGAAGUAAACAUCUUGGGUAAAAAUCCAUUGGGUGAAUAUCUUCUAGAUGUCGGUGAUUUGGUUAGUACUGGGCCUGAUACAGCAGCAAAUGUUCAAGUUGUAAAAACAGACAGUGGAGACAUUCACUUACUCUACGAUAAUCAGGAGACAGAAUCUCAAACUUUUAUGGAGGAUGUAAAUUUGUCUGUGGAAAUCAGCAUGUCCAGGACUUCUGAAUCAUUUCAAAUUGAGAAUGUACCCUCAGGCAUUGAAUUUGCUCAUGUUGUUGUCAACGAAAGUCAGGAGACAGAAUCCCAAACUGUUAGUUCUUUGGCCACUAGCAAUCAUUUUACAAAUGAUAUUGGAGAAAAUUGUUAUCCUGGGAGUCUUCAAAACAUGGUGACAGAGUACAAUGUUUGUAAAGAAGAUGAAUCUCCAACAACUGAAUUCUGCCAAAAUGUGGAAACAGGUAGAAAUUUAGAAGCAGAUCAGGAGUUUGUUCUAGGGGGAAGUAUACUGAACGUCAGUCCUGAUGCUGGUACACAUGAUAAUGAGAGAAUGGUGGUUGAUGAACAGGAGACCUCAAAAGGCACAGACAAGCAAGCAGUAGAACAUGUGGCCACAAGACCUAAUAUUUCUGUUGAAAAUAGUGAUGAACAUCCUUGUUACUACUUGCCUUCUAAGGACGAGGAUAGUUUCUGCACAUCUGAUCUAGUCUGGGGUAAAGUCAAGAGUCAUCCUUGGUGGCCUGGCCAAAUUUAUGAUCCAUCAGAUGCAUCAGACUUAGCCUUAAGACAUCAAAAGAAGGACAACUUUCUUGUAGCCUAUUUUGGAGACAAGACAUUUGCUUGGUGUGAUGAAUCCCAAUUGAAGCAUUUUGAGACAUAUUUCUCACAGAUGGAAAAACAGAGCAAUUCAGAUGUAUUUGUGGAUGCCAUCGAUGGGGCAUUGGAUGAGGUUGCAAGGCGCAUGGGGUUGGGAAUGACUUGUUCCUGUUUCCCUGAAGCAGCUAAUGCCAAUAGUAGUGACCAAAAGGUUGAGAAUGCUGGGAUUCGUGAAGAUAGCAAUGGCUGUAAUGUUGACAGGUCAGCUAUCUUAAGCUAUUUUCAACCUGGCAGACUUCUCGAGUAUGUUAAGGCUUUAGCUAAGUUCCCAGAUUGUGGGACUGAUAGUCUAGAGCUUGUGAUAGUGAAUGCUCAGUUGAAGGCAUUUUUCAGGUCUAAAGGUUAUCCUGAACUUCCUUCUUUCAAGUUCAUUAGUGGAUUAAGUGAAAAUGAUGCUGACAUUUCAGACUCUAAAUCGGAAGGGAUAAUGGAAGUUACCAUUGAGCAAUCAGGUCCUAUUGUCUCAGAAAUGAUGUUUGGAAAACUGAAAUCACGAGGAAGGUGGAGCUCCAUGGCUAAGCAAAAGAAUGUAUUGGAGGAUGGCAAAAAACAAAAGAACUUAUCUGAGCUGAUGGAGGUUGAAUGUUCUCAGCAUGCAAAUGGUGCAAAUACUGAGUUUGGAAUAAAAGUUGAUGAAUCAGAUUCACUUUAUUCUAACAAGAAGCGCAAGGCUACUGACUCUGACUCAUCUGACUCAGAGAAAGGUAAGAAAAAAAGGCUAGACUCAUUAGGAGAUCUGCAAAAUAAGCUACCAUCAUUAGCUAUUAGCAGUUCUUUUAAGAUUGGUGAAUGCAUCCGUCGUGUUGCAAGCCAGCUUACUGGGGCUCCGCCUAUCCUUAAGGGUCAUAGUGAAGCAUCUCUGAAGAAUGUAUCCAAGGAUGAUAGUAUAUUUGAUGUUUUUGUUUCUGAUGGUUUCAGUGAUGUGAAUAUGCAGAGCCCAAGAGAUAAGAAAGAAAAUUGGGAAGAUUACUCUUCUGAUGAAAUGUUAUCACAGCUAUGCUCAGCAGCAAUGGAUCCUGUGAAAGGACACAAUUGCUUAUCUGUUAUAAUCAGUUUCUUUACUGAAGUUAGGGACUAUUGUGUUUCUACUUCUUAUAGUGAAAAGAAGCAUCCCGAGAAAACUGGGGGUAGAAGGGGUAGGAAAAGGAAAGUUGACAGUCAGUUUUCUGUGUUGGAGAUGACAGAACUCGAUCACAUGCAGGACUCUUACUGGUCUGACUUGAUUUCUCACAGUGGCCCUGCCAAAAGCAAAGGAGAAGCCCAAACUCGGAGUCAGAGAAAGAAGAGGAAGUCUUCAGGACAAACGUCAUCAACUCUUGUACUGGUUCCUGUUCUGCAAGGUGCAGAACAUAUUCAUGUUGGAAAGAUAGUUCCCAAUAUAAGGCAAGCAGCACCAAUAGAUAGGCCAAUAAUUAGUGUGGAAGAGAAGAUGGUUGAUGAGUUCAUGCCAACUGCAUUGGUUUUGAAUUUUAAUGGAUCAAGUUCUCUUCCUUCUGAGACUGAUCUGAUCAGAAUUUUCAGUCGUUAUGGACCCCUAAAAGAAGCAGCAACAGAAGUGCAGCAGAAGAACAACCGUGUGGUAGUAGUAUUUAAGCGACGUGCUGAUGCAGAAAUCGCUUUCAGCAAUGCAGGGAAGUAUAGCAUUUUUGGGCCAUCACUUUUAAGUUAUCGGCUUAGAUAUUUUCCAUCAACCCCUGAUGCUUUUCCAGACUCCAAGCAACUAGACAAAACGGAUGCACUACCAGUAGAAAAUAGCAAUUUAAACACCCCAGCUAAUGUUCAUCCAUCAAUGUCCAUUGCUUCUCCUGACACCGGUCUUCGAGACAAAAGUGAUACAGUACUCAUGGGGAGUAGCAGCACAAACAUUCCUGUUGAUCUUCAUCCAUCAAUGUCCAGUACUUGUCCAGAGACCAAUCUACAAGACAAAAGUGAUCUAGUGCCCACAGAGAAUAGCAGCGCAAAUGAUCCCAGUGACCUUCAUCCAUCAAUAUCUGACGCUUAUGCAGACACCAAUCUCCUUGACAAAAAUGGUGCAGCGGUACUCGAGCUUAGUGACAUUCAUCCACUGAUGUCUGAUGGUUCUCCAGAUACCAAUCUACAAGAAAAAAGUGAUGCAGUGCCCACAGAGAAUAGCAGCACUAAUAAUCCCAGUAACCUGCAUCCAUCAGUGUCCGAUGCUUAUCUAGACACCAAUCUCCUUGACAAAAAUGAUACAGCAGUCUUCGAGCAUAGCAACAUAAGCCUUCCCAGUAACCUUGAUGGUUCUCCAGGCACCAAUCUGCAAGAAAAAAGUGAUGCAGUGCGCACAGAGAAUAGCAUUGCAAAUAAUCCCAGUAACUUUCAUCCAUCAAUGUCUGAUGCGUAUCUAGACACCAAUCUCCUUGACAAAAACGAUGCAGCAGUACUUGAGCACAGCAACAUCAGCCUUCCCAGUGACCUUCAUCCACUGAUGUCUGAUGGUUCUCCAGAUGCCAAUCUACAAGACACGAGUGAUGCAAUGCCCACAGAGAACAGCAGCACAAAUAAUCCCAGUUACCUUCAUCCACCAAUGCCUUAUCUAGACACCAAUCUCCGUGACAAAAAUGAUGCAGCAGUACUUGAGCAUAGCAACACCAGCCUUCCCAGAGACCUUCAUCCACCGAUGUCUGAUGGUUCUCUGGAUGUCAAUCUCGAAGACAACAGUGAUGUAAUUCUCACAGAGAAUAGCGACAUUCCUAGCCACCCUAAACCAUCAAUGUCCAAUGCUUCUCUAGAGACAAAUCUCCAAGACGAGAGCAGCAACACAUGCCUUGCCGCUAGUCCUUAUCCAUCAAUGUGUAAUGCUUCUCGAGACAGUAGUCUCCAAGACAAAAGCGACAUCACAAAUGUUGCUGGUAACUUUCACCUAUCAACACUUGAUGCUUCUCCAGACACCAAUUUCGAAGACAAAAAUGAUGGGAUACUCAGAGAGAGUUGCAGCACAACCAUUCCUGGUAAUCUUGAUCCAUCAACAGUCGAUGGUUCUCUAAACAAACCAGAAGAUAAGGGUAACGCUGCACCUGUCGAGGAUCACAGCAUCAACAUUUCAGUCAGUGUCUUGUUGAUGCGCGACAUUGGCUUGCAAGAAUAUACAUGCUCAUGCAAAUGCUUGUUUUGCUUCAGCACAAGCAGAGAGAGAAAAUGUCCAGGAUGCUAUUGAAGUCAUAAGUGAAAAACCAGUUGCAACAGUCACUGAUGUGGAUGGACAAGCUGGCUAGAUCAUCUUGGUAUACUUCAUGCCCAAUAUAACAUUGAGGUACUACCUUUCCUCGUGAUUUAUGUCGAAAAUGGAUUUGGAGCACUUCAAGUGCAUGUUGUAGAAAUAUGUAAGCUGACCCUACCACGAAGAGGAUUCUCCUCAGUAAAAUGCUUUCAAUUGACUUCGGUUUUGCUCUUAUUGAUAUACCUUUAAGAAUCAACAUGAGAAUGCCUUGUGUACCUGGUUGCUGUGUGUGUAGUGUUAGUGAUAGAAAGAAACCUUCUCCUGUGACAAAUGGGUGGGACCCAAUUCUUGUCUUAAAUAAUGUAAAAGUGUCAUUGAGAUGA